AUGGCAGUCUGCCGCACAGACUUCUCAGCUGUUGGCCCAGCUGAAGGCAUGAGGUUUCCUGGCAGCCUCUCUCCCUGUUCAGAUGGCACACUUCAGUCCUCUGUAUGGAUACAAUAUACAACUUGGCCCGCAGUUUCCACAGCUCCAGAUGCCAAUGUGGCCCCAGCCACCACCAAACACAUGGGUUCCCCAGAGUCCCAUACCACCGAAUAUACCAAGACCACAGAUGAAGGCAGGGAAAGGCCAGGAAACCCCAACAACCAGCCAGCCACUGCCAACAAAGCCACCUUCGAAGAACAAUAUCCGCCAUAUGGUAAUGGGAUGUUUCCUUUCCCCCAGCCACCAUGGCUGUUUCCACAGCAAGUGCCUCCGGGGUAUGGACGUCCACCAGUCAGCAAUGAGGAAGGUGGGAAUCCUUAUUUUGGCUAUUUUGGAUAUCACGGAUUUGGAGGGCGACACCCGUAUUAUUCAGAAGAGAUGUAUGAACAAGAUUAUGAACAGCCCAAAGAGGAGGAUCCACCCAAAGUGGAGAGCACCACCUCAGCCCCUCCCCCAAACACCACAGCCCUUGAGAACAAUUCAACUCAACCAACUGUACCUAGCCCAGGAGGCAGUCAAGGUGGAAAUGAGACCAGUCCAACAGGGAAUGAUGCUCAAGCUCAGAACCCUGGGAACAACCAAGGAGUACAUCCUGGGGUUCACUCAACUCCUUCUGUUAAUAUCUCAAUUCAUGAUGUACUAGGAAGCCAGAUACCCCAGGUCCCAAGUCAGUCAAAUAUUUUUGAAAACUCUCCAGACCCUAAUUUUGGAGGCUUUCCUUCGCAGCAGCCUUGA